GUAAAUUCUCAAAAAAAAAUACUGCGUUUAUAGCAAAGUUCGUCUGGCUUAUUUUGGCUAGUAUAUUACGGAGUACAUAUUCAAAAAUGUUUCUGCUGAUAUAUAUUCAUUUCUGCAGAUAUAGUAAUAAAUAAAAACAGGAAAUAAAAACGGACAAAAAAGAUAAUAAAAAAUAAAUGUGGAAAAUUGACGGAUAACAGGCCAUCCGACGACGUAUGUGUUCAUCAUUGCCAAUGGCCUACUGAGUCGAUGUGUUCCUGCUGAGCAGUGAACUGCGCCUGAAUAGCGGUGGCGUUCUGGUGAGUCGCCGGAAAGGGCAAGUUCAGGUAGGGCUGAAGAUGCUGCUCCGACGGCGGCGCGGAGACGUACGGGGAGUGGUGGGGGAUAAGCCCCGGAUUCGAAGACGCCGGGUACACAUUGCUAGGGUUAUAAAUCGGGCCCAAAUUCAUCGGGUUCUGGUGCUCAACGACGCCGUUUUGCUGCUGGUUCUGCUGUUUGGGCAGAUUGAGCCUCUCCCCUUCCAGCUCCCUGUACUUAUUGAGGUACAUUUUGAGCGGGGCGACGUAAUCCUCGAAUCCGAGGGUGGUGAUCGCCCAGAGGAUGUCGUCGCCGUUGAUCGUCUUCCGCUUCUCCCGCUGGCACUUGUCGGAGGCCUCGCCGGUGACGAAGCUGAUGAACUCCGACACGCACUCCUGGACGCACUCCUUGGCGUCCUUGGAGAUCUUCCCGCCGGGAGGGACGACCUUCUUCAUGAUCCGGCCGACAUUGGCGAUUGGGAGGAACUUGUCCUGUUCCUUGUUGCUGAUUUUGGAGCAGGCGCUGCUGCUAUUCUCUUCGGGGCUCGCUCCGGGGCCCACGUUCUGGGCGUUUCCGGGCCUUUCAUCGUCGUCCAUGGAUGGAGGAGGAAGGGUGGGUGGAUGGAGUUGAUUUGGUGUUAAACACAGGAAAAGGGGGUGGGGGUAUAUGGCGCCAAGAGCUUAAAAG